AUGAAAGCGAUAAUUCUGAUUUCCUUCCUAGUCACUCUUUUUUUCAAUAAUGGUGUGGAUGGAUAUACCUGCACAAAGGAAUUGCACAACAUCAAUUUCCAGGAUCUUUCAGUUACGUCCAUGGUUUUGGGACAUUCAUCUACACGUAAAAUGUUAGGAAAUUGGGUUUAUUUCUUUUUCAAUCAUUUUUCUAACCCUACUGAUGCAAUAAAAUAUGUAGAGGAUAUGAAUUUAUACGCUUUAGAUAAUAGUGAUCAGUCAUGUUUUGUGCGAGCUUUCACUAUAUAUUUAAUUCAAAACUAUGCUAAGGAUAUAAAAUCUAUGUCAAAUACAGACAACUAUGAGACCUUUUUCAAAAAUUUAUUAAAAGAUGUGCAUCCAGAUUUAAGUAAAGAUUUUCUUUCUAUAUUCUCGAGUCCAACGCUUUUGGGAUACAUUGAUGGCUUAGUACUUAAAGAACAGGAUGUUUCGAACUUGAAGAAUGAUGUAAAUAUUUUUAGAAAAACCAUUUCCAAAGCUGAUAUAAGAACACAUGCUACUUACAAGAGUAAUCCUAUUCGAUCUUUUUCUCUAUAUGAUAUCAAGGCAUUUAAAACAUCUUAUUUAGCAAAAGAAGACCGUCCUAUUAAUAUGUCUGAAGUAUAUGCAGCACGUGAUAUAAACUUCUUGUCUUUUCUUAGUCUUUCCGAUAUGUACUACAAUUCUGAUAUAACACAGCCUACGAGAGGUACAUCCAUAGUUAUUAGUAAAAGAAAAAGGUUAGGCUUAAGGAGACGUAGUAGUUCACUUCUUUUAUUGGGACCACAUAAUCAUAACCCUACCUUUGGAUUUUGUGAAAAAGAUGGAAAAGAAGAUUACUUUGGAUCUAUAGAUGAUUUGUUGCCCUCCUUUUUUUCAGUUAUGAAAACAAAAAUGAUUUAUGGACACAAAAGAUUUCUAAGGGAAUUUGACUAUUCAUUAAUGCAUAAAACUUACAGGAUGCCAAACCUAAAAGGUUUACGACUUUUGAAAAGUCUUUUCAGGAGAAAGAACUUAGAAAACUUUGUAGACAUGUAUAGUAGUCUCAUGUCCACAGAAUUGGAUUUUUUAAGAGAAGAUUUCGCGGAACUGUUUGACAUUACUAUGAACUGUCACAUGCGCGAACAUUUGGAUCGUGCAAUACUUAAUUACCACAUGAUUAAGGAGAAAGGUAUGGAGUCCUAA